AGGGGAAUAAAGCAGAGGAGGGAGGGGGAGACAAGACGAGAGAGAGAGAGAGAGAGAGAGAGAGAGAGAGAGGGGUAGCCAAGAACGCCAUGGCCUCCGCUGCUUGCUAGCUAGCCAGCCAGUAGUAUAUAAGGGGCGGCACGGCCUCUGCGACCCAGCCCUGUAUCCCAGGUCCGUCGUCUCAUGCUCCGGUCCACGCACCCGCUCAGCCCCAGCAGGAGCAGCGGAGGUAGCUCGGCUCCGGCGUCUAGCUCCGGCGAGGCGAUGGUGGGGGGCGCGCCGAGCGGGGCGAAGCUGCUGCAGAUCCUGAACGUGCGGGUGGUGGGCACCGGCGAGCGCGUGGUGGUGCUGUCGCACGGCUUCGGCACGGACCAGUCGGCGUGGAGCCGCGUGCUGCCGUACCUCAUCCGCGAGCACCGCGUGGUGCUCUACGACCUCGUCUGCGCCGGCAGCGUCAACCCGGACCACUUCGACUUCCGCCGCUACAACAACCUGGACGCCUACGUGGACGACCUGCUCGCCAUCCUCGACGCGCUCCGCAUCCCGCGCUGCGCCCUCGUCGGCCACUCCGUCUCCGCCAUGAUCGGCAUCCUCGCCUCCAUCCGCCGCCCCGACCUCUUCGCCAAGCUCGUCCUCAUCGGCGCCUCGCCUAGGUUCUUGAACGACAGCGACUACCACGGCGGGUUCGAGCUGGAGGAGAUCCAGCAGGUGUUCCAGGCGAUGUCGGCCAACUACGAGGCGUGGGCCAAGGGGUACGCGCCGCUGGCGGUGGGCGCGGACGUGCCGGCGGCGGUGCAGGAGUUCAGCCGGACGCUGUUCAACAUGCGGCCGGACAUCUCGCUCCACGUCUGCCAGAGCGUGUUCAAGACGGACCUCCGCGGCGUGCUGGGCAUGGUGCAGGCGCCGUGCGUGGUGGUGCAGACCACCCGCGACGUCUCCGUGCCGGCCAACGUCGCCGCCUACCUCAAGGCCCACCUCGGCGGGCGCACCACCAUCGAGCCCCUGCCGACGGAGGGCCACCUCCCCCACCUCAGCGCCCCCAGCCUCCUCGCCCAGGUGCUCCGCCGCGCGCUCGCCCGGUUCUAGCAUCGCUAGAGAAGAGCAAAGAGAGAGAAGAAAUUACUGCUGCUGCCUCUGCUGGUUUCACCGACCCGCGCGUACACGGGGUAGGAGGACACGCGCAAAGUCUACCCCGUAUUUCUUCUCUGUAUUUUUACCGCAUCGAUUUUUACUUGCCUCAAAGACUCGGAAGAAAAUGCCAGGAGUGUGUCCUGUAGCACGUAUGAGCACUCGAAAUAUUUCUCGAGGCGUACGAGUACUCAUCAGUUUUCAUCUCUAUCUUUUCGCUGAGAAGAAAAGUUUUGUCUUUUCA